UAUUGGGGAAGCAUGAGGGGCAGGCAAACUCUCUUCAUUGUUUGUGUUCUUUGAUAAUGGCUAUUACUACGCCGAACUCGGUACUCUCCCUGAGCUCGAGUCAUCAUGAUAAUCAGCCCAGAAUCCCUCUCAUUCUUUCCCCAAGAUCUCAUCCUGUUUCUCUCAUACGCAACAAGCGACCUAGUUCCCUUGCGAUUCGUUGUUUCAACAAAGACGAUAAUGUCUCAUCCGAAAAAGAAACCCCAAUCGAACUCAAGUUUUCAGCAUUUCCAACGGUUAUGGACAUUAACAAGAUCAAAGAGAUAUUGCCUCACAGGUUUCCGUUACUGCUGGUGGAUAGAGUGAUAGAGUACACGCCUGGUGUUUCAGCUGUAGCUAUUAAGAACGUCACUAUCAAUGACAACUUCUUCCCUGGUCAUUUCCCUGAUCGACCCAUCCUGCCUGGUGGUCUCAUGAUUGAGGCAAUGGCACAAGUGGGAGGCAUAGUAAUGCUGCCGGAAGUAGGAGGGUCUCAAGAUAACUUCUUCGUUGGCGGUAUUGAUAAAGUGAAAUUCCACAAACCAGUGGUUGCAGGAGACACACUGGUCAUGAGGAUGACUAUUCUCAGCUUCCAGAAACGCUUCGGGCUUGCUAAGAUGGAAGGUAAAGCUUAUGUGGGUGCCUCCUUGGUCUGCGAAGGCGAGUUCACGAUAGUUUCUUCUGCAGGUACUUCGUCGUGAUCUCACAGUCUCACUCGCUGCUGUAUGUGUUUUCUUUUUCUGUGAUUCUCUUGGC